AUGAGCCAACCCAGACUCAGAAACGCUCAGUGUAACUGCGACCGCGAAUCCGGGGAGUGGAAGGAUGGCGACUUUGAAGUUAUCACUGCCGACCGCGUGCGAUUCCGCGUCCCAUCAUACCUCCUCUUCUGGGCGAGCGAGCUCUUCCGCGACGCACAGAAGUUUGAGACUAACUCAACGUCCAAAACGGCGUUCACCGUCACGCUCCUCGACUCUGAGAUUGAGACUGCAGUCAUCUUCGAACACUUUCUCAAGCUGAUCACGGACCUUUCGUUGGACGAUUUACUCAUGCACGGCCGGGAUCCCAACCUCGAUGAUGCCCGGCAGUGUAACGGCCUCAUCAAGUUUGUGAUCAAGUGGCAAUGCUCGCCAACAAUUUUUCGAACGAUUCGAACCCUCCUUGAGGCGAAGGCCAGCUUAUCGCAAGCGCACGCGCUGCUCGUGUUCACUGCAGGUGCUGUGAUGGAAGACGAGACGGUUUGUUUCAGAGCGAUUGCCUUCUGGGAUGCCUCUCCCAAGUUGGUGCCGUCCAAAUGGCCUUUGUGGGUGUGGGAGCACUGCCCCUUCCGUUACGCUGCAGCUCUCGCGCGAUCCUGCAGCUCUCGAGAGGGGCCAUUGGCGGCUCUGUUCACGCUCGAGCUCGACGACCUGGCUGAUGAAUGA